CACCCAGCGACACCAAAGAUCCGUAAUCUCCGAACGCAUCUACAGGCAGGCCCAGCACGCUAGACAGCACAAUGCCGCUCUCCUACCUCUCGACGCGUGGCGCAGACACAGGUCUGUCCUUUGAGCAGGUCGUUCUCAAAGGCCUCGCUUCCGAUGGCGGCCUCUACAUACCCAGUGAGAUCCCGACCAUCUCCUCAGAAACGCUUGCCAGCUGGCAGGACUGUUCCUUUGAAGAGCUUGCAGUCAAAAUCAUGUCACUGUACAUCCCGUCUUUCGAAAUACCCGCAGCGGAUCUCGAAGAUCUGGUCAAGCGAAGCUACAGUACCUUUCGGCAUCCGGAACGCACGCCUGUCAAGUCGCUCGGCCUGCCAGACUCAUCGCAAUACCUGCUCGAGCUCUUUCAUGGCCCCACAUUUGCAUUCAAGGAUGUAGCUCUGCAGUUUCUUGGUAACUUGUUUGAGUACUUCCUCUCUCGCAAAAACGACAAAUUGCAGCACGGUGCUGCCAGGCAUCAUUUGACAGUCAUUGGUGCGACCUCUGGUGACACCGGAUCAGCAGCCAUUUAUGGACUUCGUGGUAAAAAGGACAUUGAUGUCUUCAUCCUCUUUCCUACUGGUCGAGUCUCGCCUAUUCAAGAAGCACAAAUGACCACCGUCCCAGAUGCCAAUGUCCACUGUGUUUCUGUGGAGGGUACGUUUGACGACUGUCAAGACAUCGUCAAGUCUCUCUUCAACGAUCCAAAGUUCUCCACAGACUUCUCGCUCGGUGCCGUCAACAGUAUCAAUUGGGCGCGCAUCCUCGCUCAAAUCACAUACUACUUCCACUCCUACUUCAGCCUUCUCAAGCAACUCGGCAAGAAGACUGGAGAAGUGCAAGUACGGUACAGUGUGCCUACUGGCAAUUUUGGCGAUAUCCUGGCUGGCUACUAUGCCGCUCGGAUGGGUCUACCAAUCGCGCAGCUGUGCGUCGCUACCAAUGAAAAUGACAUUCUCGACAGAUUCUUCGCUUCAGGUGUGUAUGCUAAACACGCAUUACCUGCACAAGAGGCCGCUGGCGGUAUCAAAGAAGAUGGCGCGAAAGCACAUGAAGAAGGUGCCAAGGAGACUCUCUCACCUGCAAUGGAUAUCCUUGUCUCUUCCAACUUUGAGAGAUUGCUUUGGUACCUAGCCCUUCAAAAUGAAGCAUCAUCACCUGCCGAGGCUAGCAAAGUUCUUGCAGGGUGGAUGAAUGCCCUCAAAUCCGACGGCUCCAUGCGUGUUGCCCCUGCCAGUCUGGAAGCUAGCAAAAAGCUCUUUACCUCUGCGCGUGUCUCUGAUCAAGAUACAUUGGACACUAUCAAGCAAGUCUAUGCCGAGAGCAGUUCCAAGGAGAUCAUUGACCCACACACAGCUGUAGGCGUCAAAGCUGCCACAAUGCUACCGGUAUUGAACGAUACCAUCACCAUCACCCUGGCGACUGCGCAUCCUGCCAAAUUCGCCAAUGCUGUCGACUUGGCACUCAAGAGCUUUCAGGGCUAUAGCUUUGAGAAGGAUGUUGAGCCUCAGGAGUUCAAAGGCUUGGCAAACUUGGAGCGUCGUGUGAAGCAUGUGCGUGGUUUAGGCCAGGGGCGUAGCCAAGUCAUGGCAUACGUGGAGCAAUUACACCAUCGAAAGUAGCAGACACGUAUCCUUUUACAAGAAGGCUAUCACUGCAUCUGCAAUUGCACCUCGCUGUGCUCGAGAUUCUUGAACGCUCUUCAAUCGAAAUCAUCUGACAUUUCAAGGUCCAGCUUAUGGAACUGGGCUAGUCACACGGCUUCAAAGUGGCAAUCUUCAAACUUGCUUCCUUUAGCUAGUACGCAACCAAAUUUGAUCAUCUACUUCCCGGAUCUUCGGCUGGAUUGCUCUGGCUCAACACAACUCUACUUGCCAAUACUGCAGAUCGCGAGCA